CCGUACUUGUAAGUGAUGAUGAUGACGAUGAUGAUGAUGAAGGACCGGUAGCAGCAAUUGAAGAGGAGGAAGAGCAACCGGCACCUCAACCAGAUGUCGCAGAAGACUCAGAUGAAGGGGUUGAAGAUGAAGGAAAAGGUGGAACGAGUGAAAUGUCAGACUUUGAUCUGAUGUUGGAAAGGAAAAAGAGGGAAAACCAAUCACGGAGAAGAAAGAGGAGACAGGAUGAUAUCAUCAACGACAAUGAUGACAUCAUUGUCGCCAUGAUAAAGCAAAUGAUUGAAGCUGCUAAGGUAAGAGAGAUUAUCAUUAUUUAA